CAAGAUGGCGGCUCUAGUGCGAUUGUCGAUGCUGGCGUUGUGCGCGUGCGCCGCGAGCGCGCAGUUCGCGGACGAGCGCGCGCCGCGCUACAUCGCCUCCGAGCCCAAGCAGACCUCCACGCCCGUGCCUAUCCUGAAGCAGAUCAACAGGCACAACGAGGACGGGUCGUACACAUAUGGGUAUGAAGCCGCCGACGGUUCCUUCAAAAUCGAGACCAAAACUCAGAACGGAGAGGUGAAGGGCAAAUAUGGAUACAAGGAUGACACGGGCAAGCUGCGCGUGAUUGAGUACGGCGCGAACAAGUACGGGUUCCAGCCCGCGGGAGAGGGCAUCACCGUGGCGCCGCCCACCCUUGUCGACGAGUCUACUCGUGACCGACCCCUAAAGUCACAGGGAGGCCGCAAUUCCGCGCAGUCCGUAGACUACGACUAUGAGGAGCCCGCGCCCGCCCCGCGGCCCGCACCCCGCCCCGCGCCGCGCCAGCAGCCCGCGUACCGGGCGCCUCAGCAGCAGCAGUACAGACCAGAGCCGCAACAGCAGUACAGGCCGGAGCCUCAGCAGCAGUACAGGCCAGAGCCUCAACAACAAUACAGGCCACAGCAGUCCGCGCCCGCGCCGCCAAAACCCGCAUUCUUCGCCGGCGCGGCGCCCGCCCCCAUCGACCGCGACAGCUUCUUCAACCCCGCCCCGCAGGCGCAACCCCCGCGGCCGCAGCCCCAGAGACAGCCGGACUUCCGACCGGCUCCCCAGUUCCAGGCCUUCGCCCCCAAGCCCCAGGUCGAGUACUCCCAGGACUUCCCCGCCCCCGCCGAGCCCAGGUACAACAACCAGUUCCAACAACCCCGUAGUCAAAGCCAACCCUUCUCCAUGCUGGAUCAGCUCCUCAAAGAAUACGCUUUGCCACAGGGAGGCGCUGCCCCUCUUCAUGAUAUCACCUUCGGAUCCUAUUAGGCUAAGAUAAUUUUGUAAAUAAUAGGAAAAGUUUUGUAAAACAAUAUAAAAAAUUGAAAAUUUAA